AUGGCGCUGUCGGGCGAGGAAGCAGCGAACCUUGACAAGGUAGCCAUCGAGCUGGCACCUCCAGUGGAGGACCCUGCUAGUCAAGAUGGCGACUCGAAGCCGAAAAGGACUUUAUGGCAGAAGGUGUACGCUUGUCUAACCUACGUGCCACCAAGAUGUCGGUAUGACCCAGACAAACCCUUCCAGUUCUCCAUGGGCUUGAAUCUGCUAUUUGCAUUCGCAGGCUGUUUUACAGUAGCCAACCUUUACUACAACCACCCCAUCCUCAACCUCCUAGCAGACGACUUCCACGUUACCGAUGAAGAAUCUUCUUACAUUCCGACCCUCGCACAGGCAGGGUACGCAGGAGGACUGUUGUUUCUAUGUCCAUUGGGGGAUCUGCUCAAGAGGAGGCCGUUUACACUCUGGCUCGUCUGGUUCACAGCUACGUUAUGGGUUGGGCUCUGCGUGACGAACUCAUUCGCCGCAUUCGGAGCCAUAACCUUCAUCACAAGCGUUAGCACAGUCACCCCGCAACUCAUGCUCCCUCUGGUCGGCGAGAUGGCGCCUCCUCAUCGACGCGCGACUGCCUUAUCGGUGGUCGUCUCCGGUAUGCUACUCGGCAUGCUCUGCGCUCGCCUCCUCGCCGGCGUGGUCGCGCAAUUCAUCGGCUGGCGGUAUAUAUACUGGAUAUCUUUUGCCUUGCAAUAUCUCAUUCUUAUCCUGCUGUAUUUCUUCAUGCCCGACUAUCCGUCAACGAACCCCGACGAGAAGGUGCUCAAGAAAUACCCGUUUCUACUGUGGGAUAUUCUCAAACUUGUCGCCAAAUACCCUGUCCUUGUCCAAGCAUGCCUGGUCGGCCUCUUCACGGCGACAACAUUCACUAGCUUCUGGACGACACUGACAUUCCUGCUCGCCGGGUCGCCGUACCACUACAAUUCGCUGGUCAUUGGGCUGUUCGCGCUCAUUGGCAUCGGGAGCAUGACGUGGGCGCCCAUCUUCGCGCGGACUUUCAUGGAGAGUCACCAGCCGUUGUUGUCGGUGAUCAUUGGCGAGUUGAUCUGUCUGACCGGCGUUGUGGUGGGCACGUAUACAGGCAAGACCACAGUUGCCGGACCGAUUAUCCAGGCGAUUGGGAUCGAUAUCGGGUUGCAGACGAGUCAGAUUGCAAAUCGAACCGCAAUCUAUGCUGUGGCGCCCAAGGCGAGGAAUAGGGUCAAUACGGCAUAUAUGGUCAGUGUUUUCGUGGGCCAGUUGAUAGGCACGGCGGUGGGGAAUCACCUUUAUGCGCGGGGAGGAUGGGUUGUGUCUGGAUCAGCGAGUGUAGGAUUCGUGUCGAUUGCACUUGUGGUGUGCUUUUUGAGGGGGCCGCAUGAGAAAGGCUGGGUUGGGUGGAAAGGAGGGUAUGAUAUGAGAAGGAUAGUGCCGAAGAAGCCUGUCAAGAAGGACGAGGAGACGGGGCAGCAGCCGCAGCCGCAGCCAAUGGCUCAGGAAGAAGAUCACGCAAAAGAGGAAGAAACGAAAGGCGAGUUGGGUGGAGAAAAGGAGGGUGGUGCGAAGGGGGAUACUGCGACGUCCUCGCAGCAGACUCUCAGCCAGGAUAUACACGAAGGGAAGGGUUGA